GGGCAUUUUUAUGGUCUCGCUAAUCUUUGUGUUUUUACCGACCGAGGUGCUGUUCGGCUGUGGCUCAACCUGAAGCGACGCGCGGUCACGAGCUCUGAGCGUGACACUGGUGAAGUCCGGUUGAUCGUCACCGGCAGAUGCCGAUCUGGACCCUCUCCCAUAAUCAAGCACAGCCACAGCUGCACAGUGCACAUCAGAUCGCUGGCAGCUGCAAACCUGUCUCCGUGCAUCAUCGUCUCGCUGCAGCCUGCCAGCGCCUUCACCGAGCUAAUCGCGGCCGUACCGGAGAUCUGCGAUCGAGCCUUGCCGACCUCAACCAACCAACCAUCCAACCGACUUGGUGUCUUACAUAUGUACCGAGCCGGAGACUUUUUUUGGCGCGCCGAUAUGUGGCGCCGUAGAGUGUGUAAGCCUAAAUUACGGGCGUCGUUCGGACACGGGCAUUCGGCGACCGGGGCAAGUGUGUGGACAUGUCCGACUCGGCGCACUUACAUAUUGGAAUCUUUGCACGCUGGUGCUCCGAAUGCAAACUCCGAUCAGUGCUGGUGGACGAGCGUCCGCGUUAUCUGGUCGGUUAUAUCAGUCCACGGGCAUCAGUCUUGCAUGGAAGUCCUCCAUGAUAUUGAGUGAAAAACGUGUCUUUGCCCUCCGAUGUCCGAGGCCGUGGAGUCUCUUCGACCCUGGGGGUGCCAAGUUCACUCGGAUUGGUGUUACGGAAAGAGGCAGCCCCAUCUCCAACACAGGGUUCCUGCCGAUAAGUAUUUCAUGAGUAUGUGCAAGUGCGCUCUAACAGGAAAUCCUUCAACUAGAGUAGCAAUGGUGGUGAGUAUAGAAUAUGUUCAUAAUCAGCAAACGGCAGCACCCAGAGAAUCAUCAGAGCAAAAAGAAAGCCACCAUGUCGCAUCUGAGCCUUCCUAAACGCCACCGCGCAGUGGUCAAGUGCGCAUGCACACAAUCAGAACAAAGACUGCGGAGGAACACGUCGUCAUUCACCAUCCCUUCCAGUUCCCGAACGAGCCAGGGUCCCCAGGGUGCCUUGGCGCACGCCUCAGGAGCAAACUUCGCUCUUAUGUACUGCGAUCGACGGGCAGCGCAUUGGCCGCAGGAGGAGUUAUCAGAAGCUGGGCAGCCGGGCUCCGUCAACGGCUCGAUAAGGAUGCGCAGAAGCACAUCCUGCAGAGCUUCCCGGCCCGCUAGCAGACGCCGCAGAUCGGGCGGCGAGAGCGC